AGCUUUUAUAGAAAGAUGUUGGCAAUCACAAGAGCAAGAAUGCCUCUAAGGACGGCAGGAAUAGCAUCUCUUGCACGAUCCUCUACAUCGACAAAUAUCCAACGUUCAUUUCAUUCAUCUCGUAUUGCAAAGGACGGACAUGCAAGUGCACAUUCAUCCGAAGAACAUGAAGAAUAUCCAACAGAAGGCUUCGGCGCUCCAAUUUGGCGUUGGACGUUCAUCUCUGUGAUUGCAGUAGCAGGCAUUUAUCGUUUCACAAGUACACAUAGCACUCACGCAAGCGCACCCGCAUCAGAUGAAGAUGUCGAUGAUGAAGAAGAAGCAAAGAAGCCAUUCUUAACACGUUAUAUCACUUAUCAUCUCACUUUACCUUCAAUCUGGAAAGAACGUCAAGAUGCGCAUUUGGACGCAGUUCGUCAAAGAGCUGAAGACAAACUCUUCUUUCAAGAAGCAGAACGUCCACCCGUACGUAGAAUGCGUUUUCCUGGAACAUUUGAGGCUGCUUCGCCUGACCGUCUGCCCCUUGGGGAAGCAGUAGACGUAAGUGAUGUUAAGGUGAAACGUGAUUCAUAAACGAUGUACAUUGACACAAAUGAAGUAUGUGAAGCAUGGAAUGUGUUAAGAUAAAGUGUCAAUAUGCUGUACAUGAGUGGGGAAACCAAUUAUUCUGCAGACGAUUUCGAUUUAAGGUGGGAUUUAAUCCCAUGUUGUAACAUCGCACGUAACGCAUCCUGCCCUUCUGGACUUGCUGCAGUGUUAUUUGACUUUUGAGCCUCUCUGCGUUGAUUAUAUGAAUUUUUAGUCUCUCUUCUCGAAAACGCCUUUUUCGAGAGGCCCUUUGA